AUGCAUCGAGUAUUUGGCGGCAUGCGGGCCACCAAGGCUGAUGGAGGUGUUGCUGCCAGCGCCAGCGACUCUGGCUCCGUCAGCGGCUGUCACGACGCGGAGAACGACCGGCUCGAAAUCGCCCGAGAGAAUAAGCGGCAGAUCGGCAUCUUCUCGGCCGCGCUCCUCAUCUUCAACCGCAUCAUCGGCACGGGCAUCUUCGCCACGCCCGCCAGCAUCCUGGCGCUGUGCGGCUCCGUCGGCCUCUCCCUCGUCGUCUGGGUCAUGGGCAUGCUCAUCGCGGCCGCCGGCACCGCCGUCUACAUGGAGCUCGGCACCGGGCUGCCCCGCAACGGCGGCGAGAAGAACUACCUCGAGUUCGUGUACCGCAGGCCCCGGUUCCUCAUGACGAGCCUGUACACCGGCUACGUCGUGCUGCUGGGCUGGGCGGCCGGCAACUCCGUCAUGUUUGGCGAGUACAUCCUGCACGCCGCCCAGGUCCCGGUGACGAGGUGGAACCAGCGCGGCCUCGCCCUGGCCUGCAUCACCGCCGCCUUCCUGAUCCACGGCACCGCCCUGAAAUGGGGCAUCAGGCUCCAGAACCUGCUCGGCGUCGUCAAGCUGCUCAUCAUCGUCCUCAUCAUCCUGUCGCCCCUGGUGAACCUGAGGCGGGUGCGCGACAACGACUCCUUCUCCCGGCCGUGGGAGGGGACCACCGGCAGCGCGUACGGCGUCGUCACCGCCCUCUUCAACGUCAUCUGGAGCUACGCCGGCUACAACAACGCCAACUAUGCGCUCAGCGAGACCAAGAACCCCGUCCGCACCCUCAAGUUCGCCGCCCCCCUGGCCAUCGGCUCCAUCUCCGCCCUGUACAUGCUGGCCAACGUGGCCUACUUUGCCGGCGUUUCCAAGCAGGAGAUGCUGGCGUCCAAGAGGCUGGUGGCUGCGUCGCUCUUCCGCAACAUGUUUGGGGCGUCCGCCGAGCGCGCCUUGUCCGUCUUUGUCGCCCUGUCCGCCUUUGGCAACGUGCUCGGCGUCAUCUUCUCCCAGGGCCGUUUGGUUCAGGAGCUCGGCCGAGGAGGCAUCCUCCCCUUUUCUCGCUUCUUCGCCAGCAACCGGCCCUUCAAUGCGCCUUUGGCCGGCCUCUUUGAACACUGGCUGGUCACAGCCAUUACUGUCCUGGCCCCUCCGGCUGGCGACGCUUACAACUUUGUGCUCAACCUCAUUUCGUACCCCUUCUCCAUCAUCAAUGUCUUUGUUGCCGGAGCCUUGAUUCACCUGUAUCGCAACAAGGCCUCUCGGAACUGGAACCCUCCCAUCAGGGCCACUCUGCCCGUCGCCGUCUUCUACCUCCUCAGCAACAUUUACCUCGUCGUGGCCCCAUUCGUUCCUCCGGAGCAGGGUCAGAGCGUAUACGAGAGCUUGCCGUACUGGAUCCAUUGCGUUGUCGGCUUCGGCAUCAUUCUCGCCGGAGGUGUCUACUGGUUGAUUUGGGCCGUCCUCCUGCCCAAGAUUGGCAACUAUGAAUUGGUGCAGGAAACCUAUGUGGACGACAUUGACGGCUGGGAGGGAAGCUACUUUAGAAAACAGCCUUUGGGUAAAGCAAGCCAUGUCCAAGGUUCCGGUGCAUCUCUGUAA